AUGAAUUGCUAUAGAUGUGGAGGUAUAGGCCACCGCGCCAGAGAUUGUCCAAGUGAAGAAAAAGCUUGUUUUAACUGUCACAAGCUUGGCCACACUCAAAAUGAAUGCUCUGAGUCAGUAAAAUGCCACAAUUGUGGAAGUUCUGAUCACAGGGCAAAAGAUUGCUCAGAACAAGUCGGUCGAGAUAUUAAAUGCUACCGUUGUAAUGGAUCUGGACACGUGUCAAAAAAUUGUCCGAGGUGCUACAAAUGUGGGGAAUUCGGGCAUAUGUCUAAAGAAUGCUCUUCGACAGGGGAUUCAGUGUGCUAUAAUUGUGGACAAGCUGGACAUAUAGCUAGGAAUUGCGGACAAACUGAAGCUCCUUUAGAUCGUAGAGGUGGCUCUAGGUGUUAUCGCUGUCAUGAAUUUGGGCACUUUGCUAAAGAUUGUUCAGCUUAA